CCAGCGCCGUGUACGUGUACGUCGGCGUCGCGGCGACCACGAUCCACGAAGCCUCCAUUUCUGAUUCUGAAACGCCCACGGCUUCGGCGCCUCUGUCGCCCUGUCUGUCUGUCUGUCUGUCUGCCUGUCCGUGCUGACGGACGGUUUUAAAAGGGCCGGUGCGGCGUAAAGGAUUCUCGGGUCGGCGAGCAACCGCAGCGGAGACAUGCCCCGUUGCACAGGGGCUGGGGUUGUGCCGCGCCGAGGAGGAGCCGGGAGGCGGUGACGAACGCAACGGAAGCCGCGGGCGGCGGGUCUUGUUGGCAGAGGGCGACCGCGUGGUUCCGGGGUCUUGUUGGGCGGCGGAUCGUGUGGGAUUGAGAUCGUCGUCAACUUUCGGCGCUCGCUGGGGGCGCAGGGCGGGGAGGAAAGCAGAUAGGGCACGGAAGGAUCGGCAUUGAGGCAGGCGUCCGGAGAUGGACCGUCGGAGCUGGCUGUGGCGGCGCAAGUCGACGGACAAGAGCCCCGCAGAGACGGAGACCUCGGCGUCCUCGGCGUCCGAGAGGAUCACUGAUGAACAGGAUACUGCCAAGAGCUCCCCAAACUCGACUCAGUCGCCGGAGGUCACAUCGAAGGAACUGGAAGACGGUGACAAUGUGAAGGUGAAGGUAUUGAGUGAGAGGCUCUCAUCCGUAGUUCUGGAUAUUCGUGCGAAGGAUGAUCUCGUGAAGCAGCAUUCCAAGGUUGCAGAGGAGGCUGUUCUAGGAUGGGAGAAGGCCGAGACAGAGAUCGCGUCACUGAAGGCGCAGCUGAACGCUGCGGCGGCCAAGAACUCUGCGCUGGAGGACCGCCUCGUCCACCUGGACGGCGCCCUCAAGGAAUGCGUCCGGCAGCUCCGGCGCGCCAAGGACGAGCAGGACCAGACGGUGCAGGGCGCGCUAGCACAGCAAGCGCGGCAGUGGGAGUCGCACAAGGCCGACCUCGAGCUGCGCGUCGUCGAGCUCACGGCGAGGUUGGAGGCCAAGUCCGAGCGCUCGGUGGCCGCCGCCGACUGCGACACCGGCUCCAGGCUAGCCGCGCUGGAGAAGGAGAACUCGGCGCUCAGGACGCAGCUGCUCGCCAAGACGGAGGAGCUGGAGCUCAGGACGAUCGAGAAGGAGCUCAACCGGCGGGCGGCGGAGACUGCGAGCAAGCAGCAGCUGGAGGGCAUCAAGAAGGUGGCCAAGCUCCAAGUUGAGUGCAGGAGGCUGCAGGCCGCGGCACAACGGAGGCCCUCCGUGAACGUCGAACUCAGGCGUUCUCCGAGCUCGGCCUGCGCCGAGUCGGUGACGGAUUGCCAGUCGGACUGCUCCGACUCAUGGGCCUCGGUCCUCGUCGCCGAGCUCGACCAGUUCAGGAUCGACAGGAGCGGCGCGAGCAGCAGGGCCGCCAGCCUCGCGACCGCGGACAUUGGCGUGAUGGACGACUUCCUCGAGAUGGAGAAGCUCGCCUCUGCGUCAAAAGGCGACGCCGUCGAGGACGCGAGCGGGCAGGUGCUCAGGCUCGAGGAGAAGGUCAAGAAGCUGGCAGCCGAGAAGGCCGAGCGGGAGAAGGCGCUGCACGAGGCUCAGCGCGAGCUGAGGACUUCCCGCCAGCGGGUAAUGGUGGCAGAGGAGAGAUCAGCUGAGCUACAGCGGCAGCUGAACCUUGCCAAUGGCGAGAAACAUGCCAUGGGGGCCGAGGUGAAAGCUGCUGAGGCGAAGAGAGGAGAGCUGGAGGGCUUGCUCGAGCUCGCCCGCGCCGAGAUCGCGGGGUUGCUGGACAAGGGGCGCAUCCUGGAGGAACGGCUCGAGUCUGAGAAGGCGCUGACACUUGAGCUCGCAGCAAAGUACCAGGACAUGGAGGCGCUGAGGGCAGAGAAGAGGGAGCUGAGCGCUCAGCUGGAGACGUCACGGUCCGAAGCCAAGAAGCUCGGUGACAAGAUCGCCCUGAUGGAGAGGAAGCUGGAGGUGGAGAAGGCCUUGUCGAUCCGACUGGCGACGAAAUGCCAUGGCAUUGAUGCUCUGGAAGCAAAGAAGAAGGGAGUCGAGCUCGAGCUGGAGACGGCGCGCGAGGAAAUCGCUUCGCUGCAAAACAAGGCUAGCAGCUUGGAACUGCGACGAGUCGAGGAAGAGAAAGCGUCGUCUGCUGCACUCGCACUGCGGUGCCAAGAACUGGAUGACCUUAGAUCCCAGCUGGAGUCUUCGAAUUCACGGAUCGUUGAGCUCAAUGAGAAGGUUAAAACGCUCGAGGAUGUAGUCGAGGAACAGAGGCCAGUGACGGUGGAAUUGGAGUCUCAGCUCCGGUCGAGGCGCGCUGAAAUCAGUAGCCUGAAGGAGGAUAUAAGCCUGUUGCAGAAGAAGCUGGAGAGCCAGAAGAACCUGUCAUCAGCUUACAUAUCUGCACUUGGUGCUUCUGAAACAGAGAAGAAGGAGCUGGCUAGUCGGUUUGAGCUCGGAGAGAAAGAAGCCGAGGAAUUACGUGGGAAGAUGAGCUUGCUUGAGGAACAGAUCCGUAAAGAGAAGGCACGGUCAUCCGAGUUUGCGGUAAAAUGUCAGAAGAUGGAGGAACAAAUCUCCUGUAGAUCUCUUCUUGGCCACCAACCAGUGAAAUCAUCUGCGGCGAUCAAAGAUCUUCAGCUCAGAAAGGAGACAGAGCUGGCCAAGGCUGCAGAGAAACUGGCCGACUGCCAGAAGACGAUAGCUUCACUGAGCAGCCAGCUGAAAUCGUUGGCUGAUUUCGACGAAUUCCCCCCUGAAACUGAGACCAGUGGCGCUGACUCAGACGACGCCUGGGACAGCGAUCUGAAGCUUCUCCAACCCGCAAGCUAUCCCACGCAGAUUGGCUGUUUGGCAGUCACAUGAUUCACGAUCCUCGUUGGCAAGUGGAUAGCGAAACUGUUUUUGCUUGGCUUCCGCCGCAUGAUUGCUGUGAUGAGAUUGCCAUGAUGUUCCACCACAUGUCAUAUAGAGUUAAGUUAAUAGGUGAGCAAAUGUUCAUAUGGAAGCUGUUUAUAGAGUUGUUUGGUGAAGCCUCAAAGGGACUCAUAUUGAAUAUUAUCUUUGAUCUUCCAAUCUCCCUGUCCCUUGGAAACAUCCUCACUGUCAGAAGACUGCAAAUAGUGAAAUACACAUGGCAUGUCAAUCAAAGAAUGUAAGAAUAAAAACCAGGGGCAGGUUCAUAUGACGGCACGUUCCCACCCGACAUGCUACCACAUGUUCAUAAGGAUCUUGGAUUUGCAAAUUCCAAUUGAAAGUUUGUACAUAAUUCAGUUCUAGCAUCUUGUAUCUGUCAAGAGAAAAUCCGGGUCUUAGUAAGCUAACUUCUCGACUGACAGGACGCCUAGUAGCUGGAUGUAUACACUUCGUGGUCGAAUCUGAAUGUUCGCAUGAUUGGCGUUCAAA